AUGAACAUAUCAGCUGUACCCAAGGACAUAUCAACUGUCGACCUCAACAUUUCAAUUGACAUAUCAACUGUCGACCUCAACAUUUUACCUGUACCAAUAAACAUAUCAGCUGUACUCAUAAAUAUAUCAACUGUCUUCUUCAACAUUUCAGCUGCAUCAAUGAACAUAUCAGCUGUGCCCCUCAACAUAUCAACUGUUUACUCAUAA